GAAAAACUCCCGUAUGUAUAAACUAAGUGCAGGCAAGGACGAGGGAGUUUGCAGUGUCUGACAGUGAGAGAGGAGAGUUGCACCCACAGGGAGCUGCUUUACAUACAAACACUCCGCUAGGACACAGGGCUGCAGAAAUGCAGUCAGAAUCUGGAAUUGUUCCUGACUUCGACAUUGGCGAAGAAUUUCACGAAGAGCCCAAGACCUAUUAUGAGCUGAAAAGUCAACCGCUGAAAUACAGCAGCUCAGCGGAGCACUGCGGAGCUUCCAAGCCGCCUCUAAGCUCCUCCAGUAUGACAUCACGGAUUUUGCUACGACAGCAACUGAUGCGUGAGCAGAUGCAACAGCAAGAGCGACGAGAGCAGCAACAGAAGCAGCAGGCAGCUCAGUUCAUGCAACAGAGAGCGGCCGUCAGCCACACGCCAGCCAUUAACGUCUCCAGCAGCCUGCCUGCCUCCUCCCAGGUACCAAUGGAAGUACUCAAGGUGCAGACCCACCUUGAAAAUCCUACCAAGUACCACAUCCAACAAGCUCAGAAACAGCAGGUAAAGCAAUACCUGACUACGGCCAAACACUCCGGCCAGGCGUUAAGCUUACCCUGUCCAAACCAGCCUGGUGAUCACAUCAUGCCCCCUGGACCGGGAAGCAGCGCGCCAAACAGUCCAAUGGCUUUGUUAACAAUUGGUUCAACCUGUGAAAAAGAGAUGGAUGAUGUGAUUGAUGAUAUAAUAAGCUUGGAGUCCAGUUAUAAUGAAGACAUUCUCUUAAUGGAUCCUUCUAUGCAAAUGGCAAACACGCUGCCUGUCUCUGGUAAUUUGAUUGACAUUUAUGGAAAUCAAGGUAUGCCUCCUCCGGGGUUAAACAUCAGUAAUUCUUGCCCUGCUAAUCUGCCCAAUAUCAAAAGGGAGUUCACAGGAACUGUUAUGUUACGGUCAGUAGAUCUGAAUGGAGAGGGCCCUAAAGAGCUUGCCAGUGGCCUCGUAGAUUGGACAACAGUUAAAAAAUCGGAGGCACGAGCAAUGGCCAAGGAACGGCAAAAGAAGGACAAUCACAACCUCAUUGAAAGAAGGCGAAGAUUUAACAUCAACGAUCGCAUUAAAGAAUUAGGCACUUUAAUACCCAAAUCGAAUGACCCUGACAUGAGGUGGAACAAGGGAACGAUAUUGAAAGCCUCAGUGGAUUACAUUCGCAAACUGCAACGAGAACAACAUCGAUCAAAAGAGGUUGAGAAUAAGCAGAAGAAACUGGAGCAUGCCAACCGGCAUCUGCUCCUGAGGAUACAGGAGCUAGAGAUGCAGGCUCGCGCACACGGCCUCUCUAUUAUGCCUUCUACCGGCCUCUGCUCGACAGACCUUGUCAACAGAGUCAUUAAACAAGAGCCAAUGCUUGACAGUUGCAAUCGAGAGAUGCUGCAAAACCACCAUGAUCUCUCCGUCACGACCACUUUAGAUCUUACCGACGGAACCAUCACGUUCAGCAACAACCUGAGAAACAUGACUGACUCCCCAACAGCCUACAGUAUCGCCACCAAGCUGGGUUCUAAACUGGAAGACAUAUUCAUGGACGAUACACUUUCUCCAAGAGUAAAUGACCCAUAUCACACCAUAUCUCCUGGGGCCUCCAAAACAAGCAGCAGAAGCAGCAGCAUCAGCAUGGAAGAAAAUGAUCACUGUUAGCACAUGCCGCAGGACAUGCUCUUAUAAACUGUAAUUCUUAUAUUGUUUCAGAGCAGUAGAUAACUUUUCAUCUAGCUUUCUGGAUAGUUCAAUUCAUAGAAACUUUGUUGUGUUUGCCCUAUAGGCCAGCACUUUUUUUUUAGACUUUUGUAAAGACUUUUGGUGUAUUUUAUGAAUUGGGUUGCCUCCAAAGUAUUUUGAGAAACUGAUUUGUACAUACCAGGACUAAUGGAGAAUAUCAAACCUAUUUAAAGCAGCUUCCCUCCACCAUAACCAUACUGUCAAUAUAUUCAGUUUAAUCUCUCAACAAACCACUUCCCAUCGUCAUAUGAAAAUGAAGGCACAGAAACAAGUAUCUUUUGGAAAUGCUUAGAAUACCUCAACCCAUCUGGGUGAUAUUGUCCCAAGAAAAUGAUUUUAAAUGACUCUGAGUAUUUAUAUGAAGACAAGAUAUGGAUGAACACUCAAUCAGGUUUUUUUUUUUCCUGGGCCAUUUGGUUUUAAUAGAUUAGCUCAGGAGUAAAAUGAUAAAGUAUUAUGGCAAAA